AUGGGAAUGUGCUCCCUAGGCCAGUGUCAGCCCUGCCUGCUGAGGAGGCAGCCACUGGCAUGUGAGGAAACAUGGAGCAGCCAAGAGGCAACUGAGGGGCCCAGGAUCUAUGGAGGAUCUUCAGGAUCUAUUCUAGCUACAGUCGGAUUGUGUGGAUGUGAUCUGGAUGAGUUAAAGGAAUAUGUCCUCAGUCGCUUGAAAAUCUCUCUCUGGGGGCUGGUCCCUGGAAGAGGGGUACCUAGACUCCUAAGGGAGACCUUAGACAAAUUCCUGCCUCCAAAUGCCCACGAGCUGGUGUCUGGAAAGCUGCACAUUAUCCUCACCCGCCUGCACGACUGGAGAUGCGUGACAGUGUCCGAGUUUGCCUCGAAGGAGGAGCUGAUUCAGGUGGGAGCAGCCACAGGCAACCUGUGAGGGAGGAGCUGGGAGACAUUUGCUGCCUGGCCAUGUCCCACAGCACAAAAUCACAGAAUGGUUUGGGUUGGGUGAGACCUUAAAGCUCAUCGAGAUCCACCCUGUCAUGGGCAGGGACACCUUCCACUGUCCCAGGUUGGUUUCAAGCCCCAUCCAACCUGGCCUUGGAUGGUUCCAGGAUGCCCAGCGUCUCUGGGCAACCCGUGCAGGGCCUCAACACCCUCAUGGUAAAAAAUAUCUUCCCUAUAUCUAAAUCUCCCCCCUUGUAGUUACAAACCAUCACCCCUUGUCUUAUCCUAACAGGCCCUGGUCCAU